UUUUUGUUCUCCUUAAAAGAUUCCUUGCAUGGUUGAGCUUUUUACUGCCGUACCAAUGGAAGAAAUGCUACCAAUGGAAGGAAACACUACGCAGCAAAACCGAUAAAUAGCAAGAAUCUGAAGACAUCAAUCAGAGACCUCAUUAAUGCUAUGUUAAUACAACGGAAAGGGGCAUAUAUCUAAAAUUCCAGUACAAACAAAUAAGAAGAAAAGUGUAACAAUGUUAUUUCUUAAAAGCACAGAGGAAAUGGAGCAUCACACAGAUGCAAGAUGUAAUCAAAAAGAAAAGUGAUACUCGUUGAGGGACAUGGAAAAGUCAUCUCAUAGUUGUCGUCCCGAUCUAAAGUACAGAUCACAUAGCGAAAGGAUUGACAGUGAAAUAACGACAAUCUAUUCGCUAACAUGUUAUGUAAACGUUCACUUGCCUCAAAGUCAAUACGAUCUCAUCGUAGCAUCAAGGAUUAUCACGUAUUUAACGACAUCAGCAAUGCAAAGUACAAAAUAAAUAAAUUAUGCAAAAAACAAACGGAAAAA